AUGGAAGACUGCUCCUUUUCCAAGAUGACAGGCGAUAAGGUCCAUCCAGAGACUGGAGUAAUCGUCAGGUACUUUCAGUGCAACUGGGGUGGGACAAACAGGAAACAAGGACAAGGAAUUCGAAGAGAAAGAAUGCAAGGCGAGUACUUUUCAACAGUGCGAAAGUAGGCAUCUUUUAACGCCCUCCAAACCAAAAUGUAAGGCAGAUUUUUUUUAUGAUAUUUCAGGUUCCUGUAAGAUUGAACGAAACUGUACCGCAACAAUGACUGUCAGCAUAUUUCCAGACAAAACAGUUAAGGUGGAUGCUGUACUGACACAUUACGGGCACGAAAACGAGCUUCAGCAUUUACGCAUCUGCAAACGAAAACGCCAAGAAAUUGCAGCGAAACUAAAGCAGGGCGUUUCCCGAGAAAACAUUUUAGACGAAGUAAGGGAGAGUGUCACUGAAAACCUAGGACGGCACCACUUGCUGGCGAGAAAAGAUCUUGCAAAUAUUGAGCGAGCUUACCGCCUUCAAACCUUUCAACGCUAUGCAAAGACCAACAAAGCGUUUUGGCCUGGAUAA